GCGGUCAUUAAGCCCCUCCAGCUUUGAGGAAGAUGCCCUGACAGCGGACAUUAACGCAGUGGGAAACGCGGUCGAACACGGGAAUAAAAGCCUGAAAAUGUAAUGGAUAUCUGUGGGUAUAUGUCGUCAUAUGCAGGAGUUCAUAAACUUCACUUAAAUUUAUGGGAGGAGCUCCGUGAUGCUGAGGCUGCUGAUGGAUUUCUGGGAAGUUCGUAGACUGCGUGAAGAGUACGGACGUUUGGAAUAUUCUGAUCCGAACAAACCACGGCUCACUGGUGUUCCAGCCUGAAAUUUUUAAUGAUCUGAAUAUUGGAUAUUCACUUUAGGAUCUCUGUGAUUUAAGCACAUGUGACCUUCAGGACCUUGAGAUGCAACUCUGAAAUACCAGGAGGGAAAUAAACAGAUUAAACUCAGACUUAAGGCCUUUUUUCAUCCUUGCAGUGGAUUGGCUACAGACUGGGAACACUGACCCGAAAGACUGUUUAGCCUUCUCAUCAUGGAGCAUCCCCCUUCCAUGACCUCCUCAAUGGUAGAUGGAGAUGAGGUGGAUGUCCAGCGCCCCAUCCUGCCACCGAGGAUGGUUCCUCAGCCCCAGGCGUGUGCCCCUCUAUGUGGGAUUCACCACACGGUCCAAACAGCAGCCGAGCACCCCGUGUGGCUGGACAGAACCCAGGCCAUGGCCACCACACCUUUAUACAACGGCCACCUUUAUGUCACGCCAUCUCCUCGCUGCAACAAAAGGGGAGACAAAUCCAAAGGGAAAGAGAAGAAGGGUGAGAAAAGGUCAGGGGGGAGUAGGCCAGGUCAAAAAGACCGAAACCACCAGUGCAAAGGCAAACUCUCAGGAUGCCACAGACUGCAGGAAAAAGUCACAUCUUUCACUGAUGUGCCGAUUGCUCGCUGUGGGUCACCCUUUGAGGGCCCCUGCAGGUCACCCCGAGAAAUCAGGGAUGUCGACGGUCAAGGUCAACGCAAGUCUGGUAACGUUUCUGUGGAGAUGCAAGACCGCCAGAGUCUUCCAGAGAUAAUAAUAACCAGCAAGGACGACAACCCCCAGCAACACAACAAGGAGACCGAACAUCGUCAGGAUCCGUGUGAGGCAAAAGGCCUGCUGCCAGGAGCUGAGUGCCCCAGCACGAGCCCCACUUGCAGCCCUAAGACCAGCCCAAAGCACAAAACCGAUGACGACGACGACCGGUACCGGAGGUCCCACAACAUCGGCUGGCGGCUGGUUCGCAGGAGGGCACUGUUUCUGAGGAGGCAACGCCUGAACGACUGCGCCCUGGCGGUGGGGAUAUUCGGUGUUGUGGUGAUGGUGAUGGAGACGGAGCUCUCCUGGAGCAUCUACAGCAAGAGCUCCAUCUACUCCCUGGCACUCAAGUCAGUCAUCAGUUUUACUACACUCAUCCUGAUUGGCCUCAUCAUAGCAUAUCACUGGUGUGAGGUGCAGCUCUACGUUCAUGAUAUUGGUGCAGAGGAUUGGCGGAUUGCCAUGACAACGGACCGUUUGGCUCUGAUAGUCCUGGAGCUGGCAGUGGUGGCCAUUCAUCCUUAUCCAGUGGGUCUGCAGGCCUACUUCCUGCAGGUCAAGACCCGCAUGACACUGUCAGAGACAGAGCUGGAGAUCGUCCUGGCUCUGCCCAUGUUCCUGAGGCUCUACCUGCUCGGUCGGGCAAUGAUGCUGCACAGCCGCCUCUUCACAGACACGGCCUCUCGCAGUAUUGGGGCGCUGAACAAGGUGGGCCGAGAGGUCUGUAGAGGUGUGACACUUGAGAUACACUUCAACACCCGGUUUGUGGGGAAAACACUGAUGACCACCUACCCCGGGACCGUGCUGAUGAUUUUCAGUGUUUCUCUGUGGAUUGUGGCGGCAUGGGGCUUACAUGUCUGCGAGAGACACCACAACUACAGGGACCUGAGUAGCAACUACAUGGAGGCCCUGUGGAUGGUCUCCGUCACCUUCUUGUCUAUCGGGUAUGGAGAUGUGGUCCCCCACACUUACUGUGGACGCAGCAUUUGCCUUCUCACAGGGAUAAUGGGAGCCGGCUGCACAGUGUUGGUGGUGGCAGUGGUUGCCAGGAAGCUGGAGCUGACCAGGGCGGAGAAACAUGUUCACAAUUUCAUGAUGGACUCACACAUCUCCAAGAGGAUAAAAAUUGCUGCAGCGAAUGUGCUGAGAGAGACUUGGCUUAUCUACAAGCACACUAAGCUGUUAAAAGACCACACCAAAGUCCGCAUGCACCAGCGGAAGCUGCUCCUGGCCAUCCACCAGCUGCGGCAAGUGAAGAUGGAGAAGAGAAUUCUUGCUGACCAGGGGAACACACUUGUGGACCUUAACAAGAUGCAGAACCUGAUGUAUGACGUGCUGUCGGAGGUGCAGGGCUGCAGGGGGGAUCUGGACACACACAUCCACACUCUGGAGAAGAGUGUGGAGGAGCUGAGGGAGGGCUUCAGGAGCCUGAUGCCGCUCCUCUCCAGCACACUGUCCACACAGAAUUCCUCCAUCCGCCACCUGCUCAGGGAGAGGGAGGGGAAGACGGAGAUUGCAAGCGUGAGCAGAGAAGACAGGUAGAGGGAUGGCAGACGAAGGCUUCUAAGGACACUUGAGAAGUUAUCUGCCUUUACUGCAGCUUAAACAGACUUGACGAGAAAGGGAAAAGAGAUGUAUAAUUGUAUUAAAAUAUAUUUUCUGUAGCAGAAAUAACUUUAAAAUGUAGAAGUUAGUACUGUGGCAGCAAUAAAAAAAAAUGAAAAUUAAA